AUGGCGGUCUCCACCGUUCCCCAAAUCCCGAAUUCACCGUUUUCGUCUCACCAUCGUCAUAUUCUUUCCCAGAGAACUUACAUUCCGGCUAAUGUCUACGAGCACCCGGCGGCUCUUCUCCUCGAGAGAUGCUCUUCUCUGAAAGACCUCCGUCACAUUCUGCCUCUCGUCUUCAAGAAUGGUCUUUAUCAGGAGCACCUUUUCCAGACGAAGCUUGUCAGCUUGUUUUGUCGCUAUGGCAGUGUCGUCGAGGCUGCUCGUGUUUUCGACCCGAUUGAUGAUAAGCUAGAUGUUCUCUAUCACACUAUGCUCAAAGGGUACGCUAAGGUUUCGGAUUUGGAUGAAGCUGUGAACUUUUUUGUUCGAAUGAGGUAUGACGAUGUAGAGCCCAUUGUGUAUAACUUCACUUAUCUGCUGAAAGUUUGCGGAGACGAAGCGGAUCUCAGGAUGGGAAAGGAGAUUCAUGGUAUUGGCAAGGAGAUUCAUGGGUAUGCCACGCGGGCUGGAUUUGAUUCUCUUGUCAAUAUCUCCACUGCUUUGGUUGAUAUGUACGCAGAAUGUGGAUCUCUGAAAACUGCUCGGCUUCUCUUUGAUGGGAUGUUAACAAGGAAUGUUGUUUCAUGGAAUUCAAUGAUUGACGCGUAUGUGCAGAAUGAGAAUCCUAACGAGGCAAUUACAGUUUUUCAGAAGAUGUUGGACGAGGGAGUGAAACCGACCGAUGUAUCCGUCAUGGGUGCUUUGCAUGCUUGUGCUGACCUGGGAGACCUAGAGAGAGGAAGAUUCAUCCAUAAGUUAUCAGUUGAGUUGGAUCUUGAUAGAAAUGUUUCAGUAGUGAACUCUUUGAUCUCCAUGUAUUGCAAGUGCAAGGAAGUCGAUACUGCAGCUUCUAUGUUCGAGAAAUUGCAGACCAGAACUCUUGUAUCUUGGAACGCAAUGAUAUUAGGAUUUGCACAGAAUGGUCGUCCUAUAGAAGCGUUGAAUUACUUCAGCCAGAUGCGAGCUUGGACAGUGAAGCCAGAUACGUUUACUUAUGUGAGUGUGAUAACUGCUCUUGCGGAGUUGUCAGUUGCUCAUCAUGCGAACUCUGUUUCUCCUUUCAUGUCUUUCGUGUGGAAGCUUAUAAGUGUUUAUCGUGUAACUGGUCCAAGUACAGAAACAACAAAACUCAAUCAUUAA